CACGUGUUCGCAUAGCUCGACGCCAUUUUCUUCGCUUGAUGUUUAGUGUCAACUUGCAGGUGCCCGUUACGGAAAAAAACUAUAAACUUUUUUUAAGUGGAUUUGUAUAUUUUGAUCAAAUAAGUCAUGGCUGAUCACAAGCCUAGAUUGUGUCACUUGGUAAAAUGGCCCGACUUCCAGGGGUAUGGAUUUAACUUGCAUGCCGAGAGGGGCAAAGCGGGACAAUUCAUAGGAAAAGUGGACGAGGGGUCCCCGGCAGAAGCAGCAGGUUUAAGGGAAGGGGACCGAAUCGUUGAAAUCAAUGGAACUAAUAUAGGAAACGAAAACCACCAACAAGUUGUUGGGCGGAUCAAAUCGCUUGGUGACGAGGUGAAUCUUUUAGUGGUGGAUCAGGAAACGGACUCUUAUUAUAAAGAUAUUAAACAAAUUGUGAGGAGUGAUCUUCCUGAAGUUGUAAAAAUAAGUGCGGAGAAAGGUGAAAGCCAGGAAAAUUCAGCAGAACCUGAACCUACCCCUGAGCCACAGGAGGCCAGAGAACCUUCACCAGAAAGAGAACCUUCCCCUGAACCAGAGAGGGAACCCUCACCAGAACCAGAACGUGAACCAACACCAGAACCACCUAGAGAACCUUCACCUGAACCAGAAAGGGAACCUUCUCCUGAACCAGAAACCAACAAAGAAAAUGAGGAACCCAGUGAACCAGAAGCUACUGUGAUUACAGUCAAUAGUGUCACCAAUACAGAGCCAGAAAGUAAAUAUAUCGCUAGACUUUGUCACGUAACUAAAUGGCCCGACUUCCAGGGAUAUGGGUUCAAUCUCCAUGCAGAACGGGACAGACCUGGUCAGUUUAUUGGAACCAUAGAUGAUGGAUCCCCUGCCCAGGCAGCAGGCCUACAAGAGGGUGAUAGGAUUAUUGAAGUCAAUGGUACAAAUAUUGAAUCAGAGAGCCAUAGGCAAGUGAUAGAAAGAGUCAAGGCAGGAGGGAAUGAGACCAAAUUGUUAGUAGUUGAUCCUGAAUGUGAUGCUUACUUCAAAAAGAAUGGAAUAACUGUUACCAAUUCAUCACCAAUGGUCAACAAGCUAUCAAAUCCUGCCAGGGGAGGCUCAGCACCAGCUCCAACACCAGCCCCAGUCAAUGGAACAUCGGAAUCACCCGCUCCACUGGCCUCUAAACCUGCUAUCCAGGCCCCCCAACCUGUUGCCAAUGGCACUGCAUCCAAUUCAAAUGACCCCAUGAUGGGGAUGUCUGCGAAAGAGAUGAGGGAAUACUUAGCAAACAAGAGGAAACAGGACCCCAAAAAGAGUAGACAAAUGGAUUUUGCAACUAAAGUCAACAUGCUUCAGAAAAUGUGAGGCCCAAUUCCAUGUGCAUUUAGAUAUUGCGUAAUUUUUGUUUAAAGAGAUAUAUUGUAUAUUAUGCAUAAAACGUUCAGUGUAUUUACAUUGUGGAUAUAUGCAUGGAUAUGGCACUCUGUGAUCAGAAAAUUGCUAUUAUUAUGAAGGAAAAGGAAAAAUGAAUGUUUCAUCAGAUAAAAAACAAUAGAGAGCUGGAGUCUUUGUUAAUAUCAGUCUAUAUGGGGAUUCUAUAUCUACAACAGUCAUUGCUUAAUGAAUUAUAAUCAUUUAAACAUUUUGUGCUCAAACACUUGAGCUGUACGUGUUCUUUGCAUGUGUGAUACUGUACAACUAGUUGUUUUAUAAUGUAUAACUCAAAAUUAAAAUGCAGCAGAGUUUUUUUUAAAUUGCUUUCAUGCAAACAUUCCAGUAGCUAAAUUUUUAAGUAGUAAAUUGCUUGUUAUUUGUCAAAUGUAUUUUGAAAUAUGCAGGAAUUAUGUUUGUAAAUUUGAAAAAUAGCUACAUUUAACUUCAAUUUUGCAAAAAAUUUGCAUCAUUCAGUGUGAUUUGGGCCUUAUAAAAUUCAUGUGUAUAUGUUUGUGUAAAACAAUCAACAUUCCAAAAAUAAUAUAAGUAAUCUGUAAAAAAUAAAUUGGACUUUUAGUUUAUCGAAACCAUCUCAUUUAGUAGUUAUUGCAUUAGUUCUGGUGAAUUCUCUGUGUGUCUUCUUGCCAUAAAAGACAAAUCAAAUAUGUCCAUGUAUUAGAUUCUUUCUCAUUCCAAUUUCUUGUGCCUAUUAGUUCUAGGACUGGUGAUGAACUGCUAAAAUUAAAUGAUUAGUAGAUGAUAACUGUUCAUUUCAUACAAAAUCUUAAAGAAAAGACUAGGUAUGUUCAUGUGGCUAAUUUAAAACUGAUUCAAAUGAGAAAAUUUUUCUUGUAGCAAAAAGUAUGCUCAAUUCUUUCAAAUGCACCAUUUUAACCAAAGAUAGUAGGAACGGUGCUAUACUGCUUCAGUUAGUACCAUUUUAAUCGAGAUUAAAACUAUCUUGUAGCACUGAAACAAUGUCGACGUUUCAUUAGGUUCCAUUGUAGCAGUGCAUUAUCUAACUUUUGUACCCCCAUUUAUUCCAAAGUAAUGGUAAACCUAUUUCCAAGUAUUUUUAAUCAACUUGAUUAGAGGUGGAUUAUUUCUAUAUUCUGUGUAUUAUUUCUUCCAUUUGGUUUAAGCCUCGCAGCAUCAGUGUAUCACUAUAUUGAAAUGUAUUCACAUUUUGUGCUAAUAAUAUCUUGACAUUUUGUCUCAUGUUGUUAAAUGUAUUUGUUUUUGUUGAAAUGUUAAUGUUUAAGGAGUAGAGAAAAUUCAAAUAUGCACUUUUUUUUCUUUUUAUAAUGUGUACAUUCCAAAAAUUCUAAACAAAAACAGCACAUGCAUGUGGUAAACCCGUGUCAUUGAUCUUAGCAAAGAGAAAAAUGCAAUAAUUGUUUUAGUCUGGCUUAUUUGUUAUGAAAAUUGACUGUGAUUAUUUAAGUCAUAAGCAUUCCCCAUAUACUGUAAAAAGAAGCAUUGUACCCUUAACCCU